AUGGGUUUGUCCCGUAUGGCAUUGCUAGUUUUGUUACUAGCAGGUAUCUCACUGACCUAUGCUGCAUUCUCCUGCAAAGAUCAGUCAGGUGCUGAUGUUGACUGGUUCGCUGUGUACAAGAUGCCAAUUGAGAAGGAUGAUGGGUCGGUGACAGGGCUGGCUGGAGGAAUUGCCUGGUAUUAUGUGGAUGUAAAUAAGAAAGGAUCUUUGACACCAUCUGCGAAGACUUUAGACGAUAAAGAUCAGGCUCUGGCCUACACUCUACAACAAUACUAUGACAGGCAGGCUGACAAAAGCAUCUUCCACGUGAUGUUUAACGAUGAGCCAUGGGGAUCAAAGUCGACUUCCGGAAUUCAUUUGGAAGAGAUUCUCACUAACAAAGUAUACAGUAACUACACUCACGAGGAUGACAGCACUUCCACAGCUUUUGGACACACCAAGGGAACUAUUUUCUUUGAUGGAGAUUCUGGUGUAUGGCUUGUUCACAGUGUCCCACUUUUCCCAAAUCCAACUCAAUACGAAUACCCAGUUAGUGGACACGAUUAUGGGCAGACCAUGCUCUGUAUGACCUUCAAAUACUCCGAGUUGAAAAAAAUUGGAACUCAACUUUUCUUCAAUCGUCCGAACAUUUACUCCUCAAAUCUUCCAACCAACAUGGCAGCUGACAACGCUGAUCUUGCAAAGGUUAUUGCUGGACAAUAUCAGAAAGGAGCACCGUUCUCCAGUGUUUUGGAAUUGGAAACCAAAGCUGGAUACUCGUUCACGAACUUUGCUAAAUCGAAGGAAUUCAACGCCGAUCUCUACGACACCUUGGUGGCACCAACUCUCAAGACCGAUUUGGUCGUAGAAACAUGGAGACGUGGAAGUGAGAUCCCACUUGACUGCAAAUUGACCUACCACGCCAACGAUGCCCUUUCUAUCCACGUUGGAGGUACAACUGCUUUCUCCUAUACUAAGGACCAUUCCAAGAUGGCUCAUUCCGCUGAUAUGACCAAACCGUGGGUCUGCAUCGGAGAUAUCAAUAGAAUGACAUCACAAUACAUUCGUGGUGGAGGAACUACAUGCAUCAGCAGCAGCUUCCUCUGGAAGGCUUACAGUGUUAUUGCAACUCAAAAUAACUGUGCAUAA